CUGCAGCGCAUGCUCAGUGGGAAACGCAGCUUCGCAGGCCUCCCGGUCAGGCUGUAGGGUUCCUUCCGGCGCUAAGAUGGCGGCGCCCAGGUGCUGUUUCCGCCCUGCGCGGGGGGUGAACGACGGCGGCCGGGAAGUCAGUGCCGAGCGCCUCGUGUGAAAACCCAGUUGCGUGGGGGUUGCAGCGGCAUGCGGAGGUGAAGCCUGGAGCAGUGGUCACCGGAAGAGCUUCACAUUUCCCUAGGAUCAAAAUGCUCAAUUCUAGAGCCAGAUCACAUCGAGGCCUCAGAAGUGGCCGGGAAGCCAGCAGACAAGAGCUGGUUUCUAGAUCUUUACAGAGUGCUCAGCAUUGUCUGGAAAACCAGGAUUUUGGAACUGCUUAUGCUCAUUAUCUCCUGGUACUGAAUCUUGCUCCUGAACUAAAAAAUGAUGUCAAGGAAACAUUUCAGUAUACCCUUUUCAAGUGGGCAGAAGAGUUAGAUUCUCUUGCAAGAAUUCAAGACCUGUUUAACUGCUAUGAGCAGGCCCUAGAAUUGUUUCCAAAUGACGAAGUAAUAUGUAACAGCAUGGGGGAACAUCUCUUCAGAAUGGGCUUUAGGGAUGAAGCAGCUGGAUAUUUCCAUAAAGCAGUGAAGCUAAAUCCUGACUUUGCUGAUGCAAAGGAAAAUUUUUACCGUGUUGCAAACUGGCUGGUUGAACGUUGGCACUUCAUCAUGCUGAAUGAUAUCAAGAGGAAUCUGACUUACCAGAAAGCAGUAGAGAAGAUGGUCCACUCAGGAUGCAAAUCUGUUCUAGAUAUAGGAGCAGGAACAGGAAUACUGAGCAUGUUUGCCAAAAAGGCUGGAGCUCUUCAUGUUUAUGCUUGUGAGUUAUCAAAGACCAUGUAUGAACUCGCUUCCGAUGUUAUAACAGCAAAUAAUAUGGAAGGAGAGAUUAAACUGAUGCAUAUGAAGUCACUUGAUUUAGAAAUUCCAAAGCAUAUACCUGAAAGAGUUUCCCUGGUUGUCACAGAGACUGUAGAUGCUGGAUUAUUUGGAGAAGGAAUUGUGGAGAGUUUGAUACAUGCUUGGGAGCAUUUGCUUUUACAGCCAAAGGUAGGUGAUCCCAAAAAUAACGAUGUUAGUUUUGAAGACUAUGGACAAGUUAUUCCUGCAGGUGCUACUGUAUUUGGAAUGGCAGUGGAAUGCAAAGAAAUACGCAGACACCACAGAGUGGGAAUACAAGAAGUUGCCAGUGUGCGUUUGGCAGACACAGUGGAGUUCUGUAGUCCAACACAUGCUUCUGUAAACUCAGAGGAGACUCUUGAACCUUACACCACAGAAAAACUCAGUAGAAUUCCUGGGGGUUACAUGCCUCUGACAGAACCCUUUCAAGUCAUGACAGUGGAUUUCAACAAUCUCCAGGAACUGAAAAACCUUGCUACUAGAAAACCUUGCAAGAUCAGCGUACCCAUCACUCGAGGAGGACUGUUGGAUGCUGUUGUGGUGUGGUUUGUGCUACACCUUGAUGAUGAACACACUCUGUCUACAAGUCCCAGUGAGGAAACUUGCUGGGAACAGGCAGUCUACCCUGUACAGGGCCUUCUUGAUUACUCCAGGAAACCCGGAGACAUUGUGGUGCUGGAAGUAAGCUGCCAGGACUGCUAUUUGAGGAUCCAGAAGAUUUCCGUUUCCCCUUCAGAGUGCAGAAUGGAUGUUGAAAGGGAGAAUACACCAGCUUUGGGCAAUGAGGCUGAGCUGUGUAGUGCCCUUGCUAGUCUUCAGACUGCCAGCAAACUAGAUAGAGUGGGUUGUGAAUGUGUGCUGGAAUCAACUGAAAUUGCUUUACUGAACAAUGUGGCAUAUCAUGAAUGCUUUAAAGCUGCCAUUAGCAAAGUAUUGUCAUCUUUUUCCUCAAAUACAGAACUGCAGUCAAUGGAUGUUGAUGGCAGUGAAAGGAACCUCGGGGAGAGUCAAAACAAGGAUUCCUUGCAGACAAGCACUGACCCUUUUUAUAUUUUAGAUGUGUCUGAGGGCUUUUCAAUUCUGCCAAUAAUUGCAGGUAAACUUGGGCCAGUGAAAGCUUACAGUUCUGUUGAAAAACAACAGCACCAAAUAGCCCUUAAUAUAAUUUCAGAAGCCAACCAUUUCCCAAAAGAAACAUUAGAGUUUUGGCUCAGCCACUUAACAGAUGAGAGUUCGGUGUUGCAGAGACCCAAAUCUGAUAAAUUGUGGAGUAUUAUAAUCCUGGAUGUCAUAGAAGCUUCUGGCUUAAUCCAGCAGGAGGUGAUGGAAAAGGCAGCAAUAUCCAGGCUGCUUGGUUGUGGUUAGAAGAGACUGAAAUUAAGAGGCUGAUAACAUGGGAGCUGGAAUGGUCAGAGGCAGAGAAUAAGAAAAAGGUAGAACAAGCUGAAAUAAAGCAGCAAAGCAAGAGAGAAACUAAGAUGUAACAUCUAAAAGUAUCAAGGAGGACACACAGAAAAGAAUGUAAGAAGUUAUGGAACUGAAUAGGGGGAGCAUUUUGUUCUGUUGUGGUUUUUUUUGAUGGGGAGUUUUUUCUGGUAGAGCUGAGUAGCAUCCAUCCAUCUAGGACGAUGAUGAUUUUAGUGAGUUAACCCUUGUGGUGACUUGCUUGCAUAGGGAACAAAAAAAGGGAGUUAGUUUUUAUUUUUGUCGUGUGCAUGUGUUUUCAUUUCAGUUUUCACGAGCUGUCAAAGUGUGUUUAAGAAAGAAGUAAAUCUCCUAUUUUUCCCAUGAAUUGUACUUGCUAGCAGCUAUAUAAAAGGAGAUCAUGCAGAUUCUGAAUUUUGUUUGUUGUUUUGAAGAACUCGGAUUUUUUCCUUGAUGCUUUUGCUCUUAACAGUGCUGUGAUUUGUGGCUGUGGAGUGAAGCGGUCUCCCAGAUUUAAUACAUAAAACACUCAUUCUAUGAGCAAGGUCCUACUCUACCAAUUAAACACAUAAGUGCAAUCCUGUUUUACCCUGCUCACGUUCCUGUAAAAAAAUCACGUACCUGUUUUUGCAACAUGCUGUCAUAAAGUAACCUUAAGUCAAAAAAGAAAAGGGCAGGAAGGCCUUGUUUAUAAGCUGUUUUUCAGAUACUCAUGUAGGGGGAAUGGGAUCUGAUCCUAUGAGUCUGUAUUUUGUAUUGGUAAAAAUGUUUUUGUUAAAUAUUUUUUAAAAGCAACAUUGUUGGCAUCAUAAAUCUGUCUGAUAUAUCUAAUUGGCAUUGGCCUGAAUGAACAGCUGGCCACUUCUGUUUUGCACAGUGGAUUGACUUUUACAGGUGAGAUUUGCUUUCUUCUUAACUGUCGUUCCAGUGAUCUGUUCCAUCAUCAUCUUCCAGUUUUACUCUCAGCUUUUUUUUACCACUCCUUUAGCACUGGCUUGGGACUCACUGUUACAAAUAAACCAGACAUUUAUACUUGAACACAACCUAUGUCACCUUCACCAUUCAGUAUACACAUUUUAGGUCCUCAUUCUAAUUCUGGGCAAGCGUUUAUGCAGGGAUUGCCUUUCUCUAGCUCUUCCACUGUUCCUUAUAUACCUGCCAGAUUGAUGUGCGGGUAUCAUUGGUUGGUUCAUUGGUUCUAACAGUGUUAGAUGAUAGAAAGUCAAAAUAUUUGUAAUCAGUCUUCCAAAUAAAACGUGUAAACAAGUUGCCAAAAAUUCAGGUGACAUGAAUAAUUCUAUUAGACUCCAAUUCAGGGGAGCCCUUAUAAAUAAUGGAACUCAAGUGCUAAUGUAAGUGAUCUUGAAUUCAGUACCUUACAGUAGCUUAUUUCCUUGGAACUGGAAACAUGCAGAAGCAGUAAUAAAACCCCUCUUUUCUUU